ACCGGCGGAGAGGAGGGAGAUCUGAGCCGCCGCUGCAGCACUCGGCUCCUCAACUCGGGAGGGUGACCAUGGAAGACCUUGGGGAGAACACCACAGUCCUGUCCACCCUGAGAUCUCUCAACAACUUCAUUUCUCAGCGGAUGGAGGGGGCAUCAGGCCUGGAUGUGCCCACAUCUGCCUCAGGGUCCCUACAGAAGCAGUAUGAACAGAACAUGCAGCUGGAGGAGAGAGCAGAGCAGAUCCGUUCAAAGUCCUACCUCAUCCAAAUGGAGCGGGAGAAGAUGCAGAUGGAGCUGAGCCACAAGAGGGCUCGGGUGGAGCUGGAGAGAGCGGCCAGCACCAAUGCCAGGAACUAUGAGCGCGAGGUGGAUCGCAACCAGGAACUCCUGGCACGCAUUCGACAACUCCAGGAGCGUGAGGCCACAGCAGAAGAGAAGAUGCGGGAGCAGCUGGAGCGCCACAGGCUGUGCAAGCAGAGCCUGGAUGCUGCCAGUCAGCAGCUACGGGAACGAGAGGAUGGCCUGGCUGCGGCCAGGGAGACGAUUAGUUCAUUGAAGGGGCGAGUCUCCGAGCUGCAGUUGAGUGCGAUGGACCAGAAGGUACAGGUCAAGCGCCUGGAGUCUGAGAAGCAGGAGCUGAAGGAGCAGCUGGAACUGCAGCAGCGGAAAUAUCAGGAGGCAAAUCAGAAGAUCCAGGAGCUGCAGGCCAGUCAAGAAGAGAGAACAGACCAGGAGCAGAAGAUUAAGGACCUGGAGCAGAAGCUGUGUCUGCAAGAGCAGGAUGCAGCUGUGGUGAAGAGCAUGAAAUCUGAGCUGUUGCGACUGCCUCGGAUGGAGCGUGAGCUGAAGAGGCUGCGUGAGGAGAACACUCAUCUAAGGGAGAUGAGGGAGACCAAUGGGCUGCUCACAGAGGAGCUGGAAGGUCUGCAGAGGAAGCUGGGCCGCCAGGAGAAGAUGCAGGAGGCUCUGGUUGACCUGGAGUUGGAGAAGGAGAAGCUGCUUGCAAAGCUGCAGAGCUGGGAGAAACUGGACCAGACCAUGGGCUUGAAUCUCAGGACUCCAGAGGACCUUUCGAGGUUCGUGGUUGAGCUGCAGCAGCGAGAGCUGGCGCUGAAGGAGAAGAAUAACAGCAUCACCAGCAGUGCCCGCGGUCUGGAGAAGGCCCAGCAGCAGCUCCAGGAUGAGGUCCGGCAGGUCAAUGCACAGCUGCUGGAAGAGAGGAAGAAGAGGGAGACACAUGAGGCACUUGCCCGAAGGCUCCAGAAGCGCAAUGCAUUGCUGACCAAGGAGCGAGACGGCAUGCGCGCCAUCCUGGGAUCUUACGACAGUGAGCUGACCCAAGCUGAGUACUCACCCCAGCUUACACAGCGCAUGUGGGAGGCUGAGGACAUGGUUCAGAAGGUGCAUGCCCACAGCUCAGAGAUGGAGGCUCAGCUGUCUCAGGCCCUGGAAGAGCUUGGGGUUCAGAAGCAGAGAGCUGACACGCUGGAGAUGGAGUUGAAGAUGCUGAGGGCCCAGACAAGCUCAGCCGAAGCCAGCUUCCCAUUCUGCAAAGAGGAGGUGGAUGCACUCAGGUUGAAGGUGGAGGAGCUGGAGGGUGAGCGGAGCCGUCUGGAACAGGAAAAGCAGGCUCUGGAGAUGCAGAUGGAGAGACUAACCCUACAGGGUGACUACAACCAGAGUCGAACCAAAGUGCUACACAUGAGCCUGAAUCCGGCCAGCAUGGCCAGGCAGCGCCAGCGUGAGGACCAUGACCGGCUGCAGGAGGAAUGCGAGCGCUUACGGGGACUCGUGCAUGCCCUAGAGAGAGGCGGUCCCAUCCCUGCUGACCUGGAGGCUGCCUCCAGCCUGCCCUCAUCCAAGGAGGUGGCAGAGCUGCGGAAGCAGGUGGAAAGCGCUGAGCUGAAGAACCAGCGGCUCAAGGAGGUUUUCCAGACCAAGAUCCAGGAGUUCCGCAAGGUUUGCUACACACUGACCGGCUACCAGAUUGACGUGACCACUGAGAGCCAAUACCGCCUCACCUCCCGAUACGCUGAGCACCAGACUGACUGCCUCAUCUUCAAGGCCACAGGACCCUCGGGCUCCAAGAUGCAGCUGCUGGAGACGGAGUUCUCCCGUUCAGUGCCUGAGCUCAUUGAGCUGCAUCUGCUGCAGCAGGACAGCAUCCCUGCCUUCCUCAGCGCGCUCACCAUAGAGCUGUUCAGCCGCCAGACCUCUGUCUAGCCUCUUCCCAUGAGCAUCCGCGCCUACAGCCACUGGACCUCGGCCUAGCCUCUACCUGCAGCGUCUCACAUGCAGCCCUCAGACCUUGGCCUAGCUCUUGGUCUUCCAGACAGUUACCCACAUGUCCCCAAGCUCCUUUGCUACCCAUAGCUGCAUCAUGUCACAAACACCAUUCUUGUCCCUGGCCAGCAGGAGCAAGCUGCUGGGGAUGACCAAGCCAGAUCACACCCCACCAUUCUCCUCUCCUCCCCACCCCAUCCCGUUCUAGGGCUGUACUGUCCCAAGGUGUGCCCGUACCGGCCCCCAGUCCCGUGUGCUGGUUGUUUAUGUCACUUUGGUGGCCAGACUGUGGCCUGCGUCCACAGUCUCAGCCUGAUGAAAUAAAGUGCUACAUUUAUCUUCCCUCCCCGGACUGUGGCCAAG